AUGGAUGUUGGAUGCAGCGGAGUUGUUCUUCUCAUGAUACUGGCAGUAGCAAUAGCAGGAGCAGCAAAGGAGUCUGCUGUGAAUUUAUUAGAAGCUGAGGCACUGCACAAGAGUGGCUGGUGGGGAGACGGCAGUACUACUGCAACAAACAUCUCUGCCCACUGCCAUUGGUCUGGUAUCAUUUGCAACAAUGCUGGUAGCGUUACCGAAAUACUACUUCCAAACUGCGGAAUUCAAGAUGACUUGGCAAAUUUCAGCUUCUCUUCUUUUCCGAACCUGGUUAGUCUAGAUCUCAGUCGAAAUGAACUUUACGGAGCCAUCCCACAUCAAAUAGGUGCACUCUCCAAACUCACCUAUCUCAAUUUGUCUUCCAACUAUCUUUAUGGUGAGCUCCCGUCUUCUCUAGUAAACCUUACGCAACUAGCACAACUCGAUGUUUCUUGGAAUUCGAUUGACAGCUUAAUUCCUACCGGGAUCGAAAACUUGACAGGUUUGGUUACUCUAGAUUUGAGCUACAAUUCGCUUUUUGGUCCCAUCCCUCCCACUCUUGGCCAAUUGUCUAAUUUAGAUUCCCUUGAUCUCAGCAAUAAUCACUUCAGUGAGACAAUUCCUUCAGCUCUUUUUAAUUUGACAAAUCUUUCCCAACUAGACAUUCACUCGAAUCCCGCAAUGGGAGGAAUUCUCUUUAAAGAAAUAGGAAAUUUGAAGUGUUUAGUUAAAUUAGACUUGAGUCACUGUGGAUUUUCUGGUAGCAUCCCUCCAAGUCUUGGCCAGCUGUCCAAUCUACACUCCCUUGACCUCAGCACUAACCACUUUAGCGGGACAAUUCCUUCAGCUCUUUUUAAUUUGACAAAUCUUUUCCGACUAGACAUUCACUCGAAUCCCGCAAUGAGAGGAUUUCUCUCAGAAGAAAUAGGAAAUUUGAAGAGUUUAGUUGAAUUAGACUUGAGUUACGGUGCAUUUUCUGGCAGCAUCCCUCCAAGUCUUGGCCAGCUGUCCAAUCUACGCUCCCUUGACCUCAACACUAACCACUUCAGCGGGACAAUUCCUUCAGCUCUUUUUAAUUUGACAAAUCUUUUCCGACUAGACAUUCACUCGAAUCCCGUAAUGAGAGGAUUUCUCUCAGAAGAAAUAGGAAAUUUGAAAAGUUUAGGUGAAUUAGACUUCAGUGGCCUUAAUCUUUCAGGUGCCCUUCCUUCAGCUCUUUGCGACCUAACCAAACUAGUAUCUCUUUCAGGUGCUGAGAAUCAAAUUUAUGGUUCCAUUCCCUCUGAAAUAGGAAAUUUGAAAUAUUUGGAAUAUCUCCAUCUUGGGUCCAACCGGCUGACUGGUCAAAUCCCUCCGACCCUUGGCAAUCUGCCUUUUCUACAAAUUCUAAAUCUUUCCUCAAACCAACUUACAGGCCCAAUUCCUACCCAAUUUGGGGAUAAUAUUAAAUCCAAGUGGUACCUUUCGACUUUGGAUCUUUCCCACAAUAUUCUCUCUGGCACUGUCCCCUCGUCUCUUCUGCAACUGGGGGACGUCGACCUGUCCUAUAAUGCUUUGGAAGGUGAACUUCCGUGCAAGCUUGUCAUUCAGUUUGGUUCAGAAAGAUUUGUCGGCAAUCCACACUUGCGUCACGAUUCCACUCUUUGUGGAACAUCGCACCCUAUACUACAUCAUAGGUCUUGGCGUAACCUUGUUGGUGUUCGCAAUAACUGGCGGAUUAGUAAUUUAUAUCCGCUGCUUCAAGAAAGUUAA